AUACCAGUAUGUAUAGGUCAUGAUUGGGGUCAUGUUGUUUUUAUGUAACGGUAAAGUUUACGGCUAUGCUGAGGAGCAUCGAACAUACACAUUUCAAAGAAUAACCAAGAAGAUUAGGCUGAUUGAUGUGACGUAGUUGAUAUAUGAUAUAUUGCUGGUAAACAGAGAAGUAAACACUAAAGAUGAUUUGAGAACAACAGUCAUGACAUCAUCACAGGUCUUGUUGUUUCGAUGAGAACAGUCAUGAUAUUCCCUGAUACAGUCACCUAGGAAAUGUUACAAAACAGGAUACACAUAUUACAUCAACAUGUUCAUUUAUUACCAAAGAAAAAUACAUUAGUCUGCUCAAACAUCAGCACAUAUCAACGAUCUUGUCGCUGUAGUAAAAGACGGACUUCAGUCAAUGUGAUGUCUACAUUUACAUUUUGUUGUAACAGGCUUAUUACAACUGGUCUGGUAGCCAGGUCUUCAAGUUGUGGUCAUAAAUUUACCUCAAAAGAACUGAUAAAUGUACCAAGAGUAAAUGGCGAAGGAUCACAUGUCAUUUUAUCCUACUUCUCCAUGUCAGGUUCAGGACAAAAAGAAGCAAAUUUGAGAGGAAAAAACAAAUUGUAUCAGAAUUUUUCUUCAGUUUUAUGCUUGAAAAGAAAGGUAUUUGUCUACGGACAACACUUCUUUUCCACCAGUAGUAUUAAUUGUCAGAUUGGUUAUAAUCUAAAAAACAAUGUCAAAGACUGUUAUUCAUUAUUUAAUCUGCCACCUGACUGUUCAGAGGAGGAGUUACGAGAGGCCUAUCUACGAUUGGCUAAACAGUAUCAUCCAGACAGUGGGACAUCAACAGCAUGUCCUCGCAAGUUUUCACAGAUUCAGGAUGCUUAUAAAGCCAUUAGGGCAAAUAUGAAAGCUGAUCUACAGAUGCCAGUUGACAUGGUUGAGGAGCAGGAAGAGGGAAUAUUUGACUUUCCACAUACACUACCACAGCAUAGACAAUACCUUGGUAAUGAGGGUAUAGGAUUCGGUAACCCUACUCAGAGACAGACCCAAUAUAACAAAUAUAAAGUACAAAGAGCUUCAGAAGUUGUGACGGAGUUCAGAAUGAAUAAAAAUGUCUUGCAAACAGAAACCUCAGCAUUAGCAGUUAAUAAGAAGCAAGCCAAGAAAAGUAAAAUCAGUAACACUAUAGAGAGAAUAGUAGAAGACUUGAUACAAGAGUCUAUGAGUAAAGGAGAGUUUGACAAUCUGUCAGGUAAAGGGAAGCCACUGGACUAUACUGAGAGAAAUCCAUUAGUCGACACCAUGACUCAUAACAUCAAUAAGAUACUGAUCAACAAUGGAUAUGCACCACAAUGGAUAACAUUAGAAAAAGAAAUAAGAGAGGACAUUACAAGUAUAAGAAGGAGAUUGGCCAUCGAAAAAAAGAAUAUGGAUAGUCUUGCAUCAUCUUCUUCACAAGAGAAGAAGUGGAAGCAUCAUGUAAAAGUGUUUGAAAAUGCAAUUUUAGAACUAAAUGAAAAAAUAAUGAAGUUUAACAUGAUAGUGCCUGUUACCCUUUUACAAAAACAGAAAAUACCUUACAAUGUUAAAAGAGAAAUCCAGAGGGUUUCUGAAAGAUAUGAGGAAUACAUUCCACCUGACAGUCAUGUGACAUCUCCAGAUAUUUCAUCAGAAAUGGACAGUUAUAUUGCUGAGAGGGAUAGUGAUAGUAUAGAAUGGAAAGGGACAUGGACAUUUAUUAAAGAGACAUUUAAAAGUUUGAAAUCAUGAAACA